AUGUCUCCUAUGAAAUCUUCAUCGGGUAAAGCCGCGAAACCUUUGAUUUCGGGCGUUUACGGCCCUCACCAGCCAUCAAUUCUCUCGGCGGAGAAUAUAGCCGAGAUUAGAGGGUCCACUGGGAUUCCGCCGGAGAUCGAGAUUAAGUUCCCGGAGGCUCACGAGUCCCCGGAGAGUCCUCCCCCAGGGUAUUUCUGCGCGUUUGAGAUAUUCUUCUCUGCGUGCGGUCUGUCGUUUCCCCUCCCCGAACUCAUCGUAAAGAUGAUGUUCGAACUGGGCUUCGCUCUCCCCCAGAUGUGCCCGAACUUCGUCCGAACCGUCAUGUGUCUUCAAACUCUGGGGGAAGAGUUUGACUACAAACUAUCCCUGGCCGACUUUCUUCAAGUGUACACGGUGAAGACAGGUCGCACCAAGGGCACGCUCUACGUAAGUCCGCUUUCCGGACUGAAGGUCUUCGACGACCUUCCUGAGAAGGAUCAGAAGUGGCAGAAGUCUUACUUUUUCUUCCCGGUCAACGAGCUCACUUUUGGCCACCUCGCAAAUCACUUCGAGCGCGGAUUGCUUUGCCCUACUUUCGUAGAGUUUUUCUCGCGGUUCUGCAGCCAGGGUCAGAUCGCCUGGGACUCAUUUUCCUGUGAAAGGAUUAGAGAAUCCACAGCGCGACUCAGGGAGGAAAGGGCCUGCCGACUCGUUGAGAAGGAGGCGAAGUUGAACAUGGCGGCAGCGCUUGCCGAGGGCAAAGCUCGCCUCCCUAAGAAGUCUGGUCCCUCUACCCCUGAGGUAGACGGGACUUCGGCACCCCCUGCUGGCCCUUCCGAGCCUCUUACGGGGGCUUCCGGGCCCCUGCCCAGUUCGCCCGAGCCUGCCAUAAUUGUCGUAGCGGACUCCAGUGACGAGCCGCGAGAGGUUAUAACUCCCUCCGUCGAGGUCAGCUCCCAGCGGGCGGACUCGUCCAAAAAGAGGAAGGAACCUGAGACUUCCUCGACUUUUCGUGAGAAGAGCCGAACUCGGACUGGUUCGUCAGAAGACGAGCGAAGUAAGUCCAGCUCGAAAGAUAAGGGUCCUUCCUCGGAGAGGAGGUCUAGGGAAGUCCCUUCUACAAAGGAAUCCGGGGAUUCCUCUGGACAAGCUGCCUUCAAAGGAGCGUCGUCCCUCCCCCCGAGUUAA